GGCAUUUCCUGCCGUCCGCGCUCACAGAAUACACAGCUGUACGCCAGCGGUUAUGGAAUGCUAUGGACCGCUAUUUUAUCUCUCCAUCAUCUUCCACCUCUUGAGGAUGCAGGUGUGCACGGUUAACUUCCAACUUCCAAGCGUUUCGCGUCUGGAAAGCAGCGUUUCGAGCGGCCUUUGCACAUUUUAAGACGGCAUAAUUCGCGAGCUUCACUUUUGUUUCGGGACGAACGCGAGCUUCGUAUACAGUUCAUUUACAUUGAAUACACGAGAGACCGUUACUGAGGCGGUCGGAAUCGAAUAAGACAACCAGACCCGUUCCAGAGAUCCGAGAUGAAGUCGUGUGGAUACGUCUAGAUCUCCUGCCACGUUUCUGUCUUCGAGGGCUGAAGUUGCGACUGCAACAGAGGUGGACAGACUGGCUGGUACAAUGAAGGAGGAGAACUUGUUCCGCAGGCGGUUCUCUCUCUGUCCCACAGCCACGUCACCUCCAAAGAUUGACCCCCGUGUGCUGACCCGCAACUUGUCCUAUGGAGGAGACAAUGAACUGUACCCUCUCAGCCCAGGUAAUGAAACGGAGCGGAACGGUUUGCCCUUACUGAGGGACGAGGUCAGCCCGGCCCGCUCGCCCAGCAGUGUGUCAGAAUCCAGGAUGUUUAUUGGUUUGGAGAAAGAGUCUUCUUCGCCCACGGAGAAGCUGGCAAGGAAAGAAUCGCUUAAGGUUCAGAAAAAGAACUAUCGACAAGAGAAGAAGAGAGUUGCCAAAGAACUCUUUAGUGCACUUAAGGAUCCAAGUGUGGUUAUUAUGUCCAACUGGCUAAAGAUUCGGGGAACAUUGAAGAGUUGGACAAAGUUGUGGUGCGUCCUGAGGCCUGGCAUCCUCCUUAUUUACAAAACACCUGGUUCAGAUCACUGGGUCGGCACAAUUCUUCUCAAUGCCUGCAAACUCAUCGAAAGACCCUCAAAGAAGGACGGGUUCUGCUUCAAACUCUACCAUCCAUUGGACAAGUCAAUUUGGGCCAUGAAGGGACCUGAAGGAGAAACGGUUGGCUCCAUCACACAACCCUUGCCUAGUAAUUUGAUUUUCAGGGCGGCAUCUGAAUCUGAUGGACGCUGUUGGAUGGAUGCUCUGGAACUGGCUCUCAGCUGCUCCAGUCUGUCCAAGAUGACAGCAAAGAGCUGCAGGGAUGGAGAUCUAAGCAGUUCCUCAGAGUCCUCACAUAUACUUCAGCUGCUGCAAUCUUCUGCUCUCACCGACCAGGAGCUGUUGCAGUUGAAUGACUCCAUGUUGGAAAAUAAUAUGGAGAACGAUGCCAACUCAGACAAAUCAGAGAGGGAGGCGCAUGAAGACUCGGAUAAUGCGGCCAAUGAAAAUGGAGGCCGACUGACGGAGGAGAGUGACAUGGACCAAUCAGAUGACGUCUGCCUCCAGGCAACGGGAUUUGUUGAAGAAGCCCAUGAAGAGAUGGGAGAGGCUGGCGAGGCGUCCCAGGUUGAGACUGUCUCAGAGGAAAAUAAAGGUUUAAUAUGGACACUCCUAAAGCAGCUGAGGCCGGGAAUGGACCUUUCGAAAGUGGUUUUGCCAACAUUUAUCCUGGAGCCACGUUCAUUUCUGGACAAGCUGUCAGAUUACUACUACCACGCUGACCUGCUGUCCAAGGCUGUGACGGAGGAGAGUCCAUACUGCAGGAUGAAGCAGGUCCUGCGUUGGUAUUUGUCAGGUUUCUACAAAAAACCAAAGGGGCUGAAAAAACCUUACAAUCCUAUUCUAGGAGAGAUGUUUCGAUGCUGCUGGCUACAUCCACAAACAGACAGCUGUACAUUUUACAUGGCCGAGCAGGUUUCUCAUCACCCUCCAGUUUCAGCCUUCUACAUCAGCAAUAAAAAAGAUGGAUUCUGCAUUAGUGGAAGCAUUCUGGCCAAAUCAAAAUUUUAUGGGAACUCAUUGUCUGCAAUAUUAGAUGGAAAGGCCAGACUCUUGUUUCUGACCCGAGAUGAAGAGUAUAUCAUCACAAUGCCAUACGCUCACUGUAAAGGUAUUCUUUAUGGCACAAUGACAUUGGAGCUUGGUGGGAAAAUCACCAUUGAGUGUGAAAAAACUCAAUGUUAUACAGAACUUGAAUUCAAAUUGAAGCCUUUUCUUGGCAGCUCUUGUAAUGUUAACCAGAUUUCUGGAAAGAUCCGUAUCGGGGAGGAUAUUCUGGCUACAGUAGAAGGACACUGGGACAGCAAAGUGCACCUGAUAGAGAAGAAGACUGGCCACCAGGAGGUGCUGUGGAACCCUGGUCCAGACAUACGCAGACAGAGGCUGAAGAAACGAGUGGUGCCGAUGGACCAGCAGGAGGCGUUCGAGUCUGAGAGGCUGUGGCAGCAUGUGACCCGGGCAAUUAAUGAUAAAGACCAGAACAGAGCCACCCAGGAGAAGUUUGUGCUGGAAGAGGCUCAGCGGCAGGAAGCCAGAGAAAGAGCCGAGCGAGCCUGGAACCCACGACUAUUCACUCUUAAUGCUGACACCAAUGAGUGGCACUACAAACAUGCCGACACUAAGCCAUGGGAUCCGGAACACUGUCUGGUGCAGUUUGAGAAAGAUGGCAUCAUCCAAACUAAAGAGAAGUCACAGCGCCGACGCAACCGUUUCUCCUACAGCCAGGACUGGGCUGGACAGCAGAAGGUGCGGGUGAACGGCAAACACAGGAAGUCCAGCAGUCAGCCGUCCAGCUGCAGUCAGAACACAGAGAGUAGCAGCACCACACCAGAACCCAACCAUGAGUCAUCCGAUAAUGAAGGCUUUAUGAACCAGUGUGCCAGAUGCAGUAAAGAAGUGAAGGACAUCGCUCUCAUAGAGGCCUCGGUAGCAGCUAUACAGAAAACACAGCAAGACAUACAAAGAAACCUGAGUGCACUGGGUCGUCAGAUAGCAAGGCACAAGACGGCAGAGGAGAGUAAGUCCUUGAGCGGACGCCACUGUCUCAUCCUCUGCAUGCUGUUGCUCUUCCAGCUACUCAUCAACCACGUCUUCACUUGAGAUGCUGUCACCUAGCGACCAUCGCCUAGCAAUCGUUGCCUAGCAAUAAACACAGCCAAACGAUCACCAUCACACAGCCCCUCGAAUGCCCCACCCGUGAUGUUGCUACCAACUGUAGCAACCACACCAUCAAGCACUAAGCACUUCAAUUAGGGAGAAAGAGACUCUUGUUUUAAUUAAUAUGACAGAUAAUCAUUUCAGAGUGGAUGUAAACCGAUGUACUGCCACUCUCAAUAAUUGUCGCGCUCCCAUUUUCCUAUGUACUUCCCUUUCUUUGCAAUAUGGGUCAUCUUUUUUUUCUUUUUGAAUGCAGUUGAAUGGGUUUGUGUGUCUGUGUGUGCGCGUUACUCACAAACUCCUCUUCCAUUUAUACACCGGGCCUUAAUACUGAUGCCAAAAAGGGGAAAAAUGAACUGAGAGAUCAGUUAAGUCCGCCAGAGCAAUUUGUUUUUUUUUUUUUUUUUUUUUUUUUGCUCACACAAAUUUGCUCAUCUUAUGAUUUUUUUUUACCAAAACAGUGUUCCUGUACAGAACAAUACAAAGAAAGAGUAAAUGUUUACAAACUUGAUUGUACACCACACAAAGGAGAACGAUGCUCUGACACCAAAAGCGUAUAGUGUAGAUGUAGAAUAGAAUCGGCGGUGGCACUACAAUAAAAGAAUGAACAAUCAGCCAUAAGACUGAGAUAUUCAUAUUCGUGACUGUUUGUUGGGCAUUGGGGAAGUCAUUCACAAUAGGGACACGUGAGGCCUUCUGGGAAGUUCCAGGUCAUUUGUGUUGCUCGGGUGAAGCGAGAUGUGUUUGCUAACGAAGGCAUGACUGGCUAGUCGAAAGUGUAUAUAGUUGUUUGAAACAUUUGAAAUUAAGAAUGUAUUUAUUUGAUCGUUUCACUUGAUUUGUUUUUAUAUAUUAACAUACUGUUUAAAAGAACACGUUCAUUCAGGUUUUCCAGGAGCAAGUAUAGUUGAGCACCAAUUUAAAGCAGGGAAAAUAAGUAUUGAACACGUUACCAUUUUUCUCAGAAAAAUUUCGAUAUUUUGAAAGGUGCCGUAGACUUGAAAUUUUUCACAGAUGUUGGUAACAACCAAAUAAAUUACGUAAACUAAAGUAAUUAGUUUACCAAUUAAGUUAUGCGUAGGCCCACACGGAAUCUGCGCGCGCAGAAUUCUGCAGAUUUUUAGCCCAUCAUUAAUUCUGUUUAUUUACUUGAGUAAAUGUGUGUAAAUCUAUAUUUAUUCAGUUUUUAAAUUAAGUACAGUAAUAUUAUUGACUAAUAUGAAAACGUUCAUCUGAUUUAUGUACAAUGCAGUUUGUACAGUAAUAUUUUCUGUCUUUUAGUAGAUGUUAUAUGAGCGACUUGCUUUGUUUACCAAAUAAAGUGAAUCUAAUUGGAUUUGCAUUUUAAACAUUAAAUAAAAGUUAAAAAGAUAUUUUUUUGUUUCACAUAUCAAGGUUUUAGUUAUGAUACUCCCAAAAUAAUUCCGCAGAAAUCUUCAGAUUUUUACCAAAAUUCUCCCAGAAAUAGCAAAAAAGUCUGCAGAUUCCAUCUGGCCCUAGUUACGCGUAAUAAAAUGAAAUGACACAGGAAAAAAUAUAACUGCAAUUCUAUGCCAAAAAUAAUCGAGCACAUUGGUGAUGAGAAGUAAACUGCGCGAAGAUUAGGGACCUACAUGUGAGGAAAUCAUUCAUCAAAUCCCAGCUAACUUCCGGAAAGGGAGGGUAACCAAUAGUGUUGGAGAUAACAAUUAAACCAAGUCCUGCCUCAAAACUGACAAAAAUAAAAAGUUUCGCGUGAGCAGAAAGAACUGAUUGUGAGCAUAACCUCACUCAUGAGAGCGUACAUCCUGCGCAAAGAUAAUGAUGCAUGCACAAGGGUUUACAACGAGCUCACGGGUGCCCGUUUCCUCACGCUGGAUCAGUUCAGCAUGCACGUGAACAUCUGCUGUUCCACUAUUGCGCAUGCAAGCUAUAGUUUCCUCGUGUGUAGGUCUGUAAUCUUUUUGCGGUUUACUUCACCUCACAUGGAAUUGCCGUCACAGAAAAAGUAUUGAACACAUGAAAAAAGGAAGGUGUAGAAAGGCAGUGAAAUCCUAGACAGCAGCUGAAAUCUCUCAGUAGUUCUUCAGCAACCGUCUGCCCAUUGUAAGUGAAUAUUGCUGCUUCAGUCCAACAUCUACAUUAGCAGGAUGAUGAAACCAGGGUGGACAUUUCAGCAAGACAAUGAUCCAAAACACAGGUCUCAAAUGCUUUCAGAGAAAGAAAAUCAAGCUGUAGAAUGGCCCAGCCAAUCACCUGAGCUGGAUCCAAUGUAAACUACAAAUUAAAGAUCAGAUUUGAUAGUCAAGACCCACAGAACCAUCAAGAUUUUACACUCUGUUGAAGUCUGUGGAAAAACACAUCUGAGGAAUUCAUGUGACUUCAUUAUUCCAUAUGAGUGGAGUCUUUAAGCUGCCAUCAACAAAAAAGCAUUUUUUAUAAGAUAUUAAAUUCUAUUAGUAGUAUAGUACUUUUUCCCUUGUGUCAUUUCAUUGUUAUUACACAUGACAAAAUUUUCAGAUUGUUUUUAGUUUAGGUUUUUUACAAAAUCUGGUUCAAUUUGAUGUCAACUGCUCCUUUAAAAAUUUAUUCAUAGGAAAAAACAUGACGUGUUCAAUACUUGUUUCCCCUGUUGUACUUCUUCCUAAGGUUUGUUUGUUUGUUGUUGUGAUGUAAAAUUUGAAUGUCCCUUUAGCUGGGAACUAAUAAGGUCAAAGUACAAAACUUCCAAUUCAGGAUUCAUAUUGGAAUAUUUAGUUUGUUUUGCUUUAAUGAUGCUUGCACUCUUGAGCCACAGUUCAACCCAUUAAAAUUUAACAUUUUUACUUUUGUUUCUUUUUUUUUUACACAGCACUCAGUACAAUGUCAACUUGUCUGACAACUGAAAUGAAUGAGAUGUCAAUGCCUCACUGUUUGUGAAUGAUUGUUGCAAUUACAGCACCACAGUAAAACUUACAUUUCAA